AAUUCUUGGAGUGGACUCUCUUCCAAGUGCUUGUUCUGUUCAUAAUGUAAAAGGAUACCUGUGGCAAUUUGAAACCAAAUAUUAUACUGCUGAAAUAAAUUUAUAUGCUUUAGAAGAAAAGACUGCAUUAAAUAAAGAAUUCGUAGAUUCAAUUCGAGCCAUUAUUUUCUACUUUGACAGUCAAAAGUUUUCUAGCUUCGAAGAUGUCUUAAACUGGAUGCCAUUUUUAAGCGACAUUGAUUCAGAGGUUCAGCUGUUAGUAUGCAAUAACUGUUGUCAGGAAUCACAGGCAAGAAAAGACAUCAUGAAUUGGUGUGUUAAAAAUCAUUUUGAACUAAUUGAAUUAAAUCCAUCUGAUGAAAAUGAAGAUAAAGAUGAUAUGCUGAUCAAAGAUGUCAAAGGCUAUGAAAGAAUAAUUCAAGCAUUACAAUCUCAUACAUGGGCCAAUUUAAUUAUAAAAGGUAUCUCUCAAGAAGACAAUUCAAAGGAAGAGACAGAAAAUGUUCAGGCUGCAGGUGAUAGCAGAUCUGCUACUUGUGCACCUUCACAAGAAACGUCUAAAACAUCUAAGAAAAUAGAAGUUGAUAAUGAUGAAAUUUUAUUAGAAGAUAAAUUGGUUGCUGAUGUACUCAGUGGAGAAGAUCCAGGUGGUUCCUUUGAAGCACUCUUUUCAAGAUUUGCUAGCAUGAAAGACUACCACCAGUAGAUACCAGUAUGACUACAGAGCCUAUAGGAACAGGGAAAAGGUCCUUCCUGUCAUAGAGCUAAUGCAAUUCAGUUCUUCCUUUUCACUCAGAAACCUGACUACACUCGAAUGGUU